AUGGACGAAUUCUACAAUGUCGUCGAGUAUCUCGCAUAUCCGUCCUCCAAGUCAAUCUCCAACGAUGUCGAGUGCGGGUUCAGCAGUGUCUCCGCGAGUCUUGACGCCGAGACGGUGACGGGGACGGCGGUGCCACCACGAGGAACAACGUCAACCUCAAACCGCAGUGUUACUCCCAACAGCGGUAUCAGCACUACAACCUCGUCGGACGGAGGUGGAGGUGGAGGUGGUCACGGCCACGACCUCGCCGAGCAACGCACCCGUUGGGCUUACAGGCACAGCACGACCGAGCACACUGAACACCCUCCUCGGUCGACGUGGUCAGCGUGUAUCGAUUGGCUUUAA